CAACAUUUUCAUCAUCAGUACAUAUAACAUCGCUAUCAACAGCAGCAGAGGGAUGGACAACGCAAACUGACGGGCCAUCUGAAUCACUACCAUCAUCAUCACUAACAUCACUAUUACCAACAUCAGCUCAUAUAACAUCGGCAUCAAGUGCAUCAGAGGGAAGGACAAUAGAAAUUGUUGAAACAUCGCGUAUUGAUGGCGGGCCAUCUGAUAGUAAUUCUAUGACUGAAUUGCCCCUUCCAUCAUCAACAACGUCAACAUCAUCAUUAAUAUUAACAUCAGCACAUAUCACAACAUCAUCAACAACGCCACAAGACAAGACAAUGGAAAUUGUUGCAACAUCGCGUAUCAAUGACGCGCCAUCUUCGAGUAUUGCCAAAAAUGAAUCACUAGAGUACACGGAAAUAUUGACCCUUCCAUCAUCAACACAAACAUCAAAUUUAUCGUCGAUAUCAUCAUCAGUAGAUAUAAUAUCAACAUCAACAACAGAAAUAGACGUUGAUGGUACUGCACACCUUUCGACACCUCAGAAUUAUUCUCCAACAGCUACAGCUUCUCAAUCGUCAAAUCAGGAAAACACAACGAUGGAGUCUACACUGCUUCCAACACCAUCUGUAUUAUUUGUAAAUGCAAGCACAUCAUGGCUGGAAUUGAAUCCAGGAAUAAGCGAAACCAUGAAGACGAAGGAACAGACGGCAGAAUUACUGACAUCUUCCUCGGUUAGUAGCAGCUCAAUAUUGGUAUUGGAGCCAGGACAAACCAAAACCGUAAUCUCUAAGGAAACAACGCCACUCUCACUUCGUUCCAGGAAUAUCACAAAAACUCAGGCAACAGUGUAUUUGUCUUUCCCAACAGCUUCGUCGCCGUCAUUAACGACGUCAAGAAKACCUUCCGAUCUAGUUUCUUCGAUGUUGUCCUCAACAGCAUCCUACAUGGGUACAAUUGUGACUAGAUCAACACCAUCUCCUGUGGCAGCUUUUCCAAGUACUAUCAGAUCCUCACCGACUUCAAAUCGAACAAAUAUGAGGUCAUCAUUAUAUUCAGAGCCAUCCUCUGGAUCGACGCAUUUACAACCUACAAUUUCAUCUACAGAGUCACUCUCAAUCUCACCCUCCAGGAGGUUUUCAUCUUCUUUAUCAACAUCAGCUGAAUUAACUUCAACGUUACCAACAUUGGCGCCAUCACUAUCAACAUUUCCAAAGCCAAAAGGCYGUUUAUCAACAACAUUAUCGCUAUCAAGUGUAACAUUUAAUAGUGACUCUCCUUCACUGCAGCCCAAGUCAAGGAUUUCACAGUCUUCUGUAUCGUUACCAAUAACACCUUCAAUUCAAUUUAUAUCAUCCGUGUCGGAAGAUGCAGGGACGUCUUUGACUGUAGUAUCAUCAGCAACAGCAGUUACAAAUGUACAACAUUUACAGACAACAUCGUUAACUUCAAUUUUGCUGURGUCUUCACUGACAGAGAGAGUAGAGACUGCAAGCUAUUUCACAAAAUCAAAAAUAACUUAUCAAGUAAGAAGUUCUUCAGAGAGUUUGCUUGUAUCCACUAGAUCAAAAAUUUCACCUUCAAAUGUGCAAGAUGUAAUGGCGACAACUUCUAUUGUGUUYGCUGAAGACUAUAAAGAAACAUUUCUUAUUGUCUUUGAAGGUAGUUGCCUUGCAGCAAGUGAACACAAAGCUUUUAAAAGUGCGUUCUUCACCACUAUUAGAAGACUGAUGGCCAUUGAGAGCUCACUGAUUGAUAUACUUGCAAUCCAAUGUGGAUCUGUCAAAGUUGUAUUUUCAAUUAAAUGUGAAAAAUCAASCYAAAUCCCAGAAAUUCUUAAUGACUUGGUGAAACAUGGAGACUUUCAAGURAACAUGAAUGGGAURAUUUUCCAAGCAAUAAAUAUCACAGAUUGGGAAGCAACKACSCUGCAUCCKAAUCUCACCUCCACUCCACAUCCAGAUCAUCCCUCYGUGUAUGCUAAGGAACAAGAUGAAAGGCGAGCUAUCAAAAUAACAUUUAUUUUAUUUGCAUCAAUUUUUGCCGCUUUGACCAUAUUUGGAAUAGUGAUUUGUAUAGCAAGGUCAUGUGGCCGCAAGCCAUAUGGAAGACUAAAACUGUAUUCCAGCACACUAUCAACACGAGGAACUAAUCAACUUUAUAAGAAUGAGUUAGAGCUAGUUAGACUGUCACCAUUGCAUCAUGGGGCUGAUUAUUAUGGCGGCCAUGUGGUGAGCUCAAGAGAGGACUGUGCUGAUGAUGAUGAUAAGAUUGAUAAUAGAACAGCACUSUUAAAUAGACUAAGAAAUGAUGAAGUGGCAUCACGCAGAGGGAAGAUUAUAGUCAAGGAUGAUGAUUCUUAUUCUAGUAUUAUAUUUUAUUGAGUACUAUAUAGUCAAUCGAAAAUUCUGACUGAUUGACAAAUAAACUUUUUAACUACACAGAACAUUUGACUUAGGCCAAAUAAGUAAAAUAUGGUAAACAGUUUGAUUUCUAAUCUUAUUCAGACAGAAGAAAAAAAUAUUAAAUUACCCAUCAUGCAUCUGAUACAUUGAUAUAUGUUAUAGCGGUCAGAAAUUUGACUGUAUAUGUACUCUCUAAAUCAAAAUGACGGUYUCAUUAGUCAUAAAAAUUAGUUAUUUACUAGAAACAAAUUAGAAUUUUAUCAAUUGAAUAUGAGCAAUGUCCAAUUUGCGUCACACCACACAGGGAUAAUGACAGUUAUGAAUUUGACCYUCUACCAUAAAAAGGUAGAGGACAAGCUGAAGUAUUAUUGUUUGCCAUAAAUGUUGACAUGGUGACAAAUACUUUUGAGAGACAAAUCCUAAUGACAACCAUGUUAGUGAACAAUUAUGUUAUCCAUGCACKAACAUGACAAACAAUAUGUGAUAAAUCCUAGUUUGUAUUUAUACAAUUUUCCAGCUUGAUGUGCAUAGUAUUUAUGAGUUAUAYGUUCAAUUUUAAAACUUUUUCCAAUUACCACUAUGCUUGAGGUAAUUGGAGAAUUUGUCUAUUUUUUAUUUUUAUCAUUGAGGUAGUAAGCUUUGCUUUCCUGCAAAUAUUUUGUAUCUACAACAAGCAAGCUUCAUUACAAAAUUAACUGAUAGAAAAACCAGAGUUCCACUUUAUAUGGUCUUCAGUCUCAAGUACUUAACUAUAAUAUUAAAUAAAUACGAAAGCAAGCUUU